CCACAAAUUGUUCAUGUGGUUGCCAUUAGAUACGCUUGCAAGUUACAUCAAAUCCCUUGAGCAACCCAGAAAACAUUUCAAACAAAAAAGAGAGCUUAGAGAGACCAAACACAUUUUCAUUUCCUCUUUUGAGUUUUAACAAAUGGCAACCACUGUGAUGACCACUCUCCCCCAAUUCACUGGUCUUAGACCCCAAUUCUCAGCUGCCCCUGUGCAGAAUUUGGUUGCUGUUCAACCCAUGAGGCGCAAGGGGAAGGGUGCUUUGGGAGCUCGAUGUGACUUCAUUGGUUCAUCCACUAAUCUGAUUAUGGUGGCUUCUACAACCCUGAUGCUGUUUGCUGGAAGGUUUGGAUUGGCUCCAUCAGCAAACAGGAAAGCAACUGCCGGGCUAAAGCUGGAGGUGAGGGACUCAGGGUUGCAGACUGGUGACCCUGCUGGCUUCACCCUUGCUGACACCUUGGCCUGUGGAACUGUUGGUCACAUCAUUGGGGUUGGGGUUGUUCUUGGUCUUAAGAACAUUGGUGCCCUGUAAAGUGGAACUGUAAAAUUUAGUGCCUCAUGUUUCUGUAAUCAAAUUAAUGUUGUUAUGUCCUUUAUUUUCACAUCA